UGUGGGAUGAAGUCACCGCUGCGCUGCCACCUUCGGGGAUCGGUGUGGCUCAGUUAUCCGAUCGGGAGCAGACGGCGUCAGCCGACCGAGGAAGAGGAGGCGCGCGCCGCGGCACUUGUUUUCGGGGGCUCCGGAGAUCUCCCCUGCCUUCCCCAAGGCGGCGACAGCGUUUUCUGAGUCUUAUCGACGACCUUCUCGCCCGUGCCGAGGCGCGGUGGUCUCGGUAUUGUCCGGUUCCCGGCCGCGAUGCCUUCGGACCGGCCUUUCAAGCAGCGGCGGAGCUUUUCGGAUCGUUGUAAAGAGGUACAGCAGAUCCGAGAACAGCAUCCAAACAAAAUUCCAGUCAUUAUUGAGAGAUACAAAGGGGAGAAGCAGCUACCUGUUUUGGAUAAGACCAAAUUUCUAGUUCCUGAUCAUGUCAAUAUGAGUGAAUUGGUAAAAAUAAUACGGCGCCGACUACAACUGAAUCCAACCCAGGCUUUCUUCCUAUUGGUAAACCAGCACAGCAUGGUGAGCGUUUCUACCCCAAUCUCUGAGAUCUAUGAGCAAGAGAAGGAUGAAGAUGGCUUCCUCUACAUGGUCUAUGCUUCACAGGAAACCUUUGGAUAUUGAAGGUCACCACCAGAGGACUAAUUCCAAACUGUCGCAGCAACAUCUCUGCCUCCUCACUGCAGCCCACCUUGGCACACCCUGUGCAGAGAGAAGCUUUUGGUCCAGGAGCAGCCUGGAAGCGACCGUGUUCCUCCAGUUUCGUAGCGCAUCAGACCAAGAUAAUUCAGUGUGUAGGUGUGUGAGAGACCCAUAAUUCUCUGUUUGCAUUGCCUCUUUGUCUUUUAUGAUUGCUAUACAUUGUCUCCCAUCUUGUUCACGCAGGUGUGUUUGCUCUCUCUCCUUUCAUAUUAUGUCUUCUUUCUUACUCCAAUGCCAAAUUGAUGGAACCCCUGGCAGUCUGGCAAAUAAACCGUUUUCCUCACUUUUUAAAGCAAGGGAUGUAUUUGUUCUGCUAUUAAAGGGCAGAAAAUUAAAACAUAAAUAAAUUACUAUAACUUUUAUUGGGGUUUUAUUGGAGUUUUCAGUUAUUGAUUCUUGGUGCUACACAAUAAAUGUAGGCAUCUUUUCCAGUAUUUUUCAAAAUAUAUAUAUAUCUUUUAAGUUUAUUAUCUUUAAGCACGAGGGGGAUUAUAAUUUGCUUGUAUGAUGUAGCCUUUAAAAAAAAUAUUAUGCUUUUUUGCACUUUAAAAUGUUGUAAAAGUGAGAAUGAAAGUAGCUUAAUUUCACAAAGGUGUCGUAUUCUGUGCUGUUUCUGACAAUGUUUCUCUUUGCCUUUUAUAAGGUUUAUUUUUCAAACGCCAGUCUUUUUUCCCCUUUUUUGCUUUUAAUGCAUGCAUUGUUUUUUUUUUCUAUUUUUAAUCCCAUUGUGGCAAACAGGCCAUAUGGUUCAAGGAAUGUACUGAUUUAUAUUGCUAUUCAACCUGGUUAUUUUAUUAAAAAAGACUAUGAUACCAAAAAGUGUGUAUGACAGAGGAAAAAGAUCUGCCCAGUUAAAACUAUAUAAUCAGCUAUAUAAAUAAAGAUAAAUUAAAAUUC